AUGCCCCAGCUGGUAAGCUGUAAUUCCACCUCUACCUGGCAUACGUCCGGACCACAGACCCCAGCUCAACAGCAUGUCAAAAACUAUGUUGAUACAAACACUGCCCAGUACAAUGGUGGGGACGAGAUGUGGGCGUCGAUGAAACGUCUAUUUGGACAAUUUAAGAGUCUACAGCACGACUUUCACAACCUCUGGGAAGUCAAAAAUGAUGACGGUACAACCGCGACCAUAUCCCAGUGGACGCGCAACAUCUGGCUGCCUGGAAACGACACCGAAGAGCCGACUGUUGACAUUCCGCUCAGUUGGAUAAGCACUAUCGGCCCUGCGGACUCCGCCGAUGCUCUGGAUGGAUUGCAAUUCAAGGAGGUCUGGCUUUACUGGGAUACCACUAUGCUCGCUAAAUACCUUCCCAGGGAGGCUGUUGUAUUCCAAGCGCAGAACAUAUUACACCAGGAAUGA